AUGUCUCACUGCCAUGACGAACACUCUCACCACGGCCAUGACCACUCCGAAGGCGCAUCCCACGACCACACGGACGAUCUAACCCCAGCCCUGCAAAACCACAUCUACUCCCAAAUCGACUUCAGCGCAGUCAACACCUUAAACGAAUCGAUCCCACGCUCCGGCUCCCAAAUCCUCCAAAAGACCUGGACAGACCGCCUCUCGCCAACCCCCGAACUCGUCUCGGACGCGGACGAACAAUUGUUGAUGCAUGUCCCCUUCACAGCACAAAUCCGUCUCCACUCCAUCCUGAUCCGAACCUCCACCACAGACUCCGCACCACUGACCUUGAAACUCUACGUAAACCGCGAAGGCCUCGACUUCUCCACCGCUUCAGAUCUCGAACCGACGCAGAAAUUGGAACUCAGUCAGACGAACGAUGUGCAAGAGAUUCCGGUCAAGAGGGCGUUGUUUAAUACUGUGAGGAGUUUGGACUUGUUUUUCGAGGAGAAUUGGGGGAGGGGGGAAGAGGAUGAGACGAGGAUAAGUUAUCUGGGAUUCAAGGGAGAGUGGAUGAAAUUGAGUCGCGAACCUGUGAACUUUUUGUAUGAGGCGGCAGCUAAUCCGUCGGACCAUACGCUUGCUUCUGGGGUGAAGGACUCGAUGGGAAGCCAUAUUGGAGGUGCUGGAGGCAGGGAUGGGAUGUGA